AUGAUGACAGAGUACGAAAAGAAUUGGGAAUGGGGCAUGAAAAUCCCUCCUGGAAGAUGGACGGAGACAUUCACGGUGAAAUACAAAAAAGCUCUAGAAGAAGCGAGGAAGCGGCCGCUCAAUGUUUCGCAAAAGAAAGAGAUUGUUCAGUUGCAUCUAGAGAAUAAGGACUUAGGAUGUAGGAAGCUAGUUGAACUAGUUUCGGCUAGACUUGGUCUCACGGUAACACGGUACCAAGUCCGAAAGCUAAUUAAGGAUAAAGAUGCAAUCGUGGAUAUGCAAUCUCCAAAGGAAAGAAUUGGCAAAACGAUUGGAAUGCAGCGAUUCCGAGCACAUCUUGCUGAGCUGAUUCUGGAGGAGCAAGCGACAAAGAAGAGGGUGACAAAUGAUGACAUGGUUUACAUUGCCCGGAAAACUGCUGAUCUCGACGAGUGGAAGAAGUGGGACGACAUCGCCAGAUUGGAGUUCUCACACUCGUGGAUCCUUCAUCUCAAGAAGGAAUUCGACAUUCCUUACCAGAAGAGACCAGGUAGACGGCUCAAAACUAACGCAUAA